AUGCACUCCGAAACACAACCGGACAGCUGCGCCCCCAUCGACAGAAUCCCACAAGAGCUCUUCAGUUUGAUAUUGCGAUGGACCAUUCAAAGACCAGGCCUCAGGUCGUCGUUUAGCUGCCUCGUCGAGCGUCCCAACCUCGAACCCCCACCUGGCUUCCAUAGUUGGCUCCCCCUGCGCCUCGUUUCCCGCCACUGGAACGGAACUAUCGCCUCCGAGAAGCAUCUCUGGAGCACCAUCAUAGCAGGUGGACCCCGUGCGCGGGAGUGGUUGAUGGUGUGUCUUGACCACGCGGACGGAGUUCCCAUCGAUGUUAUCCUCCAGCUCGAUCACGGACACAUAGGCAAAAUAUGGUCUCUUCUCAUUUCAAUCCUUCCCCGCGCACUCCAUCUCCAGUCCCUUGCCAUCAGUCCCCUGAACAAGUCAGAUCGCGAUCAUCUCAACGACUUCUUCCUAUCGACGACGUUUCCGACUUUGACGACACUCGUCUUCGCGUCGGACUCUAUCGACUGGUGGUCGCAGCCCAUCUUCCCGGUCACAUUCGAGCAGCACAACACCCCCGCUCUAUCGACGAUCUCUCUCAACGCAAAUUGGCAGGUGCCGUGUCCAGCGAUCUUUGCGCGCCUGAAGCGCGUCUCGCUCACCCGGGACCCGUUGGAAAUCUUGUCGUCACAGGUCCUUGGACUCCUCCGUGCCGCGCCGCAGCUCGAAGAGUUCCGCCUCGGCUGCGGGUACUACAAAGGAUCCGACCUAGAUUGGGCUCGCGGCCUGUGGUACACGAGCGUCGGACUCCCAGUGCCGGUCACCAUGGCCCACCUUCGUAUCCUCGAGUUCACGGAGGAGAUCGACAAGCAGUCGGUCAGCGCCUGGGUGCUCGGGUGCCUCCGCCUUCCCCGCGUCGAAGUCGUCCAUCUCAACUGCGAGGGAUGGGAGGCCUCAGACAUAUUCAGCUAUCUUCCCCACACGCUCGCAGACUCGAUCCCCUUCCUCUCCUCUCUCGUCGAGCUGCGCGUCGUCUCCCAUCUCUCUUCGUCCGGCCUCGAAUACUGUACCGCGGACAGAACGCAUCGCUUCAUCGUCUACUGCGAUGUAGAAGAUUGGUACCUGUCCAUCAUCCCUGUCCUCGUAAACCUAGUGCGAUUCGACGACCGCAUACGCCGUUGCGACGGAACCUCCACUCUGGAGCUCGACGACAACACUGUCGCAUUAUUUACGCGGCAGGAACAGUGGGCGGCGCUUCUCCGAUGCUUCCCCAAACUCACCCGGUUGUCGAUCGCGGCCGCGGACGAAAUCCGCUUGGAGGAGUUGGCGGAAGCGCUGCGCGAGCGCGGGGAGCCGCUGGCGGAGCUGGUUCUUGUUGGCGAGCCACUUUUGGAUCUGGAGGUGUGGAGGGAGAAGAUGGAGGCCGCUGGGGUCGGGGGCGUGACGCGAGUGGAAGGCAUCAACGGAGGCGCGGACGACUGGUGGUAG